AUGGUGACCAUAAACGCGGAUCUGCAGCGCGAGCGCGAGAGAUGCAGCUUCAAUCCCGCGGAACUUACAACUUUCUGGGACGGCAGCACAGAGAAAACGUCUCUUCGGCGCGAGUUAGAAAACUUUUUUCUAAGUGAUCCGCUUCUGCACGACAGAAUUCCUGCGAAAUACAAGAGUCACAAGGAAAUUUACGAGGAUGCGAUAAUGAAAGGAUGCCGAGUGUUACAGAAAGUACAACAAUUAAACAACUCGGGGAAAGGUGGCAUGGACGUUUUUUCACAAAUUUUAGGAGGCAUGUUAGGCUCGGCGAUACUGAAGGACGGCAAUCCAUUGACGCUGCAUUUUGUGAUGUUUAUACCGGCUGUUAUGGGACAGGGCACCGUUGAACAGCAAGGACACUGGAUAUCCAGAGCUUGGAACUGCAAUAUCAUCGGUACUUAUGCCCAAACAGAGCUUGGUCAUGGCACGUUUAUUAGAGGUUUAGAGACUACAGCGACCUAUGAUCCUGAAACUAGAGAAUUUAUAUUAAAUAGUCCGACUUUAACAUCGUACAAGUGGUGGCCUGGUGGUUUGGGUCAUACGGCUAAUUAUGCGAUUGUCGUUGCACAAUUAUAUACGAAAGGAGAAUGCAGAGGUAUCCAUGCUUUUAUCGUGCAACUCAGGGAUGAGGAUACUCAUGAACCUUUACAAGGUAUAAAGAUCGGUGAAAUCGGUACCAAGUUAGGAAUGAAUGCAACUAAUAAUGGUUUUCUCGGUUUCGAAAACGUUAGAAUACCACGUGAGCAUAUGCUGAUGAAAAAUUCUCAGGUGCUAGAGGAUGGAACUUACGUGAAGGCGCCUAGUGAUAAACUCACGUAUGGUACAAUGAUGUUCGUUCGAGUGGUAUUAGUACGCGAUAUCUCGAACUACCUGUCAAAAGCGGUGACAAUAGCUAUUAGAUACAGCGCAGUGAGACGACAGAGUCAAAUAAAAGUCGAUGAGCCAGAAUCGCAAAUUAUGAAUUAUGUUACACAACAAUAUAAAUUAUUUCCCAAUCUUGCUGCGUGUUUCGCAUUUCGAAUGUGCGCUGACUGGAUUUGGGAGAUGUAUAACAAUGUGACAGCUGAAUUAGAUCAGGGAGAGCUGGAAAGAUUACCUGAGUUGCAUGCGCUAGCAUGUUGUCUAAAGGCAGUUGCAUCUUCGGACGGAGCUACUGGCAUUGAACAGUUACGAUUGGCAUGUGGUGGACAUGGUUAUAUGGAUGCGAGCAACUUGCCAGCAAUUUAUGGUUUAGUAACUGCUACUUGCACUUACGAAGGCGAAAACACGGUUCUGCUAUUGCAAACGGCUAGAUAUCUGGUGAAAGCUUGGAGACAAGCUGUUGGCGGUGAACCGUUGCCGCCGACUGUCGAAUAUUUAGUUGUUCUUUCACGUGGAAUAAAACAACGUCCUUGGAAAAAUACUUUAUCUUGUAUUGUGCAAGCACAUCAAGCAGUUGCUGCAGGCAAGAUUCGUUUGGCAACAGAAAACAUGGAUCGCAGAAUACGCAGUGGUGCAUCACCAGAAGACGCGUGGAAUCAAACUAGCAUUGAAUUAGCACAUUGCGCAGAAUCUCAUUGCCGAGCUUUCUUAGUGAUGAGAUUUGUUGAAAAUGUUAGAGGAUUGACAUCCGUAUCUAAGCAGCUUCGCGAGGUUUUAACGCAACUUUGCGAAUUGUAUUCGAUAUAUUGGGUACUACAACGGCUUGGAGACUUUCUUCGUUUUUCCUGUCUAAGUAAUGAAGAUGUUCCGGCGCUCCAGGCACGCUUCGAAGAGAUGCUUGCUGCAAUCCGUCCAAAUGCUGUCGGUAUCGUCGAUGGUUUCAAUAUUCGUGACGAGAUCCUCGCAUCCGCGCUCGGCGCAUAUGAUGGCAAUGUGUAUCAGCGUCUCUUUGAUGAAGCAAUGAAAAGUCCUUUAAAUCAGGAAAGUGUUAACCAAUCCUUCCAUAAAUAUCUCAAGCCUUUCCUUAAAAGUAAUUUAUAGUCGUAUUAUGUUUAUCACAAAGUAGUCAGCUAACAAGUUCCAUUAUAAUGAGUAAGACCAUUUUAAAACUUCAUUUCAAUAGAUUUGCAUAGAAUAUUUGUCAACAUUAUUCAGACGCAAAAUUAAUUAGCAUAUUUUCUAAUGCGGGACAUGGUAAUCAUUAUAAUUGCAAAUGAUGCGAUAGAUCUAGUGAAUGAUCUUAAUUUUAAAGCCCCUCUUUUCUCUUUUCAUAACCGUUAUAUUAAAGAGAAGAAUCACACGGCCAAAAGCAAGCCAAAAAAAUGUUUUACCCACAAAAUAUAAUCUCAUAUAUACAUCGAGUACUUUACUCAAUAUGAAUACUCGAUAUGAAAAAUUUUACAAUUAAUUCAGAUGAGCAACAGAAGAAAUUUGACGAAGCCUCUUAUCAACAUUUGUCACUUUUUAAAAUCAAUUAUACAUCGAUCGUCUGUCGUUAAAUGCUCAUAACGAUUUACUAACAAUUAAACUAGAUCAUUUUAAGUCUGUUUUUCAACGUUCUCAGAAAUGCAUAAUGUUAUCUAAAUGUCUCAAAUUCAAUGCUGAAGAAGGCCUAAGUAAAUCGAAACAUGUGUAUGUUUUGAUUUACUUAGGCACUCAAUUCAUAUGAGAUUAAAUUAUAUACUAUAGAUAAAACAUCUUUUUGCUUCGCUUUUGGCCAUGGUACUUCUUUUCCAUUGCUUGACAUAUAACGAGCCUCUAUUUAUUAUACUUAAAGUUAAACGCCCGUUAAAAUAUUUAAAAAAAUUAUUUUUAAGAAUAUUUUUCUCUCAUAAAAUAAAUCGAAAUAAAUUAAUUUUUUGCGUGCUAUUACACGCUCAAUAAUAAUAUAGAGUUAGUAAAAUAUACAGAAAACUUUUCUGGGCUCGUGGACUGAUAAAUAAUUAUAAAUUAAUCAAUUCAUAUUAAAUUGCAUCUUUAUUUACUAAUGUAGAAUAAUAAAAAGACCACUUUCGAUAUAUUUUUUAGCGAUCCCUAUUAGUGAAUUCGAGUUAGCAUACAAAAAAUUGUUUUUCUUGUAUAUUAUAAGAAAAAAAUUUAAAUCUGUAUGACUAUAGUGAGAAAAUGGAAGCUUUAAAUAUAACAAAAAAGGUUUCAUUCACUUUAUACGAUAUAAAUAAUAUAAAUAAUUCUCGCACAAUAUAAUAUUACGUAUUGAUCUUAUAUGGUGAUAUAUACAUGAUGUUUCUUGUAAACGUCAAUGCUUUAAAAAUAAACUCGGAAUCAAACGUGUGCAGAAUAUAUAAAUUUAAAUUAUGUUAAUUUUUUAGUUUUUAUAUACACGCGCACACAUUUUGAACAUUGUUUAAAAUUUAUUGCUUCAUCAAACUUGCAAAAUAAAGCUUAAACAACUUACUUUUACUUGGAACUUUUAGGUUCACUUUAUGAAAUUAUAUCGAAAUUAUAUAAUUAAUAAUCAUUCUGUAUACGUUAAAACGUUUGUAUCUUAAAAGACAUUUUUAUACGACGCAGUUUAACAAAAACACAUUUAUAAAAUUAAUGAAAACGUAUUUGUCUAUUAUACAUUUAUCGACAUCUGUAUUAAUAUUGAUUGUUUUAUGUAUUACGUAUAAAGUAUUUUCUACGUUUAUAAAUCAAUCUUAAAAAAUGUGAUUGAUAUUUUUGAUAGUGAUAUUUUAUAAGAUAUAAAGAUAUAAUAUUAAUAAUAAAUAUAUGUAAAAUAAGGACACAUAAAGUAUUGUUCUGCAAAUGAUAAUAUUAAUAAAAGAAAAAUUUUUACAGUUAAA